AAACAAAAAACAUGGCUGCGCUGUGAACCUUGCUCGUAUGUUCUCAGUUGACAGUUACUUUUCAAUUUUGUUUUCAGAUGACAGCAACUGUGUUAUAGGCUAAGCCCUUCACUGAAGUAAAAUGAAAGUGGCAAAUGUCUCCUGUUUUGCUUUCAAGUUCGUCCGCCUACACAAGCGUGAAUUGUGUCGAGCAAGGACAGUAGGUCAGCCGUGCAGUGCUACCCAGUUCCAACAGGACAGCUUGCCCGUUCAUCUCUCUCCAUUCAAUAGAUGUUUAGGCCACAUACUCCACAGGAGAUAUUCUACGGAGUCAUCGGUCAAAGACUGCAAGGGAUUAUUAUAUAGGAACCAUGGAGACCCUUCGCAAGUUGUACAGUUGGAGAGCUUGCAACUGCCUCCUGUGGGCGCCAAGAACGUGCUGGUGAAAAUGAUAGCAGCUCCCAUCAACCCCUCAGACAUAAACAUGAUCCAAGGCACUUAUGCCAUCCUGCCAGACCUGCCAGCUGUUGGUGGUAAUGAGGGGGUGGGCCAGGUGAUCGAGGUGGGCAGUGAGGUGACAACACUAAAAGUUGGCGACUGGGUGAUACCAAGAGACGCUGGCCUUGGCACCUGGCGGUCAGCAGCAGUGUGGAAAGAGGAGGACCUGGUCACUCUGCCCAGCGACAUCCCCCUGCUGGCAGCAGCAACGCUAGGGGUGAACCCCUGCACCGCCAUCAGGAUGCUCUCCGAUUUCGAGGCCUUAAAGCCAGGUGACUCAGUCAUCCAGAAUGCAGCCAACAGUGGAGUGGGCCAGGCAGUUAUCCAGAUAGCUGCUGCCAAAGGCCUUCAUACCAUCAAUGUGGUCAGAGACAGACCAAACCUCCAAGAGCUCACAGACAGGCUGAAGGCCAUGGGUGCCACUCAUGUCAUCAAAGAAGAGACACUCAGACGCCCAGAGAUGAAGGAGCUUUUUAAGACGUGUCCGCGGCCAAAACUGGCCCUUAAUGGUGUAGGGGGGAAAAGCGCCACUGAACUACUGCGCCACCUUCAGAACGGAGGGACCAUGGUGACUUAUGGAGGAAUGGCUAAGCAGCCCGUCACUGUGCCUGUGAGUGCUCUGAUCUUUAAGGAUGUGAAAAUCCGUGGCUUUUGGGUCACCCAGUGGAAAAGGAACUACAGUCAAGACGAGCGGGCCAUGCGAGCCAUGCUGGAGGAGCUGUGCGCUCUGAUCCGCGCCGGGAAACUGUCCGCCCCGGCCUGCGCGGAGCACGGCAUGCAGGACUUCCACAAAGCCCUGGACGCGGCCACGCAGCCCUACACGUCUGCCAAGCAGGUGCUGGUCAUGUGAUCCAACUCCUCGGGACAGCAGAGCACCUGUUGGUCUGUUUAUUUGCUUGUGACUAAGUAUGGUUUCAGGUCAAGGGCACUCAGUUCAGUGUGGCCUUUCCCAACUUUGCAGCAUCACUCUUUGUGGAUGUUACUCAAGCAGUCAUCAUGUAAUAAAGGGGUUUCUUGCUUAAAA